CGUCGGGCACUAAUGUGUGUAACACCGGUGUUUGAGCUGUGUGAUGGAGUUUUGCUGACCCGCUCUUCAGUGACGCUUCGUGACUUUUGCAGUGACCGUGUUGCAGCUCAGCGGCGUCCACCUGGAGCUCCGAGCCGGGCGUCAUGGGGGAUGACAUUAUCAUCCGGGUGCAGUCUCCAGAUGGGAUGAAGAAGAUUCCUUCUACCAAGAGGGAGACAGCGGCCGCUUUUCUGAAAAAGGUGGCCAAAGAGUUUGGGUUCAAUUCCAACGGGUUCUCCAUUUAUCUGAACCGCAACAAGACCGGGGAGAUUCUGUCCCAGAACAAAACCCUCACCCUGCUAAAGAUCAAGCAUGGGGACAUGUUGUUUCUGUUCCCCUCUGGGUCCUCCUCCUCCUCAGGGGAGGUGAUGGACACGGCGACGCCACACACAUCUUCGUCCCUGCCAUCCAUCUCGUCCUCUUCCUCGUCCUCCUCCUCUUCGUCCUCGCUGAUCCCUCGGUCCUCCUCGGCGCCACAGGUGCAGGAGGACGAGAUCGAUCAGUACCUGGCUAAGCAAGACGGCAAGAUCUACAGGAACAAAGACCCGCAGCUAUGUCGUCAUGGUGCCCUUGGAAAAUGUGUGCACUGCGUACCGUUAGAGCCUUUUGACGAAGACUACCUGAACCACCUCGACCCACCGGUGAAGCACAUGUCAUUCCACGCGUACCUCCGCAAGCUCACCGGCGGAGCUGAUAAAGGGAAGUUCGCCGCUCUGGAGAACAUCAGCUGUAAGAUAAAGUCGGGGUGUGAGGGUCAUCCUCCCUGGCCUGAGGGCAUCUGCACCAAGUGCCAGCCCAGCGCCAUCACCCUGAACAGACAGAAAUACAGACACGUCGACAACAUCAUGUUUGAGAACCACACCAUCGCCGACCGCUUCCUGGACUUCUGGAGGAAAACGGGCAGCCAGAGGAUGGGCUACCUUUACGGCCGCUACACUGAGCACACGGACAUCCCGCUGGGCAUCAGAGCCGAGGUGGCCGCCAUCUACGAGCCCCCGCAGAGUGCGACCCAGAACAGUCUGGAACUGUUGGAGGAUCCCAAAGCUGCAGCUGUAGAUGAAAUCGCUGCCAAGCUGGGGCUCUGCAAGGUGGGCUGGAUCUUCACUGACCUGCUGUCCGAGGAUACAAGGAUAGGCACGGUCCGCUACUCCAGGAACCAGGACUCCUUUUACCUGAGCGCCGAAGAGUGCAUCACGGCCGGAUAUUUCCAGAACCAACACUCAAACUCCUGCAGGCUGUCUCGAGACGGGUACUUUGGAUCCAAGUUUGUGACCGUCGUUGCUACAGGUGGUCCAGACAAUCAGGUCCACUUCGAAGGUUACCAGGUAUCCAAUCAGUGCAUGGCUCUGGUGAGAGACGAGUGCCUGCUGCCGUGCAAAGACGCUCCUGAGCUCGGCUACGCCAAAGAGUCCAGCCCUGAGCAGUACGUUCCCGACGUCUUCUACAAGGACAAAGACAAAUUUGGAAAUGACGUCACGUUUCUAGCGCGGCCUCUUCCUGUUGAGUACCUUAUCAUAGACAUAACCACAACUUUCCCAAAGGACCCACAAUACACCUUCACCUCCACACAACGCUUCCCGAUUGAAAAUCGGGACAUCCUCGGAGAAACACAGGAUUUUCACAGUUUAGCCACGUACCUGUCCCAGUGCUCCUCGGCGUCAUUCCUGGACAUUGUCUCUGACUUCCAUCUGCUCCUCUUCCUUGUCACCAACGAAGUCAUGCCUCUGAGGGACAGUAUUGGCCUUCUUCUCGACGCAGUGAAGACAUCCAACGAGGAGCUGGCGCAGACCUGGAAGAAGUCUGAGCAGUGGGCAACCAUCGAGCAGCUUUGCAGCACGGUGGGCGGGCAGCCGUCCAGCUCCCUGGGUUACGAGGCGAUGGGCGGCCCCGCGGCCCCGGCGUCCUCCUCGGCCAUGUGGUCCUGCCUCCACUGCACCUUCAUGAACCAGCCCGGCACAGAGCACUGUGAAAUCUGCAGCCUGCCCCGCAGUUAAGAGACCCUCCACAGAACUUCCACGCCGUCACCUUGAAAGUCCUCGCCUCACCCGGUCCAGUUGCAAGAUUUCAGACGCCCUCCUCGUUGUUUGGUCCAGCUCACGGGGAAAACUCGGCGUUCCCCGCCGGCUGCCGGAGGCGCGGAAAGGAAUGCGCUCGUUUACAUCCACGAAUCCAAACAAACAAAACAAAAAAAGUUGAACCAGAUAUGAUUUAAUCUUGUUUGUUAUAUUCUCCCUCCUUUCAGCAACUCUCCUCUGUUUUUUUUGGGCCUAUGCUGUUUGAAAUAUUUCCCCUAAUAACUCAAAUAAAACCUGCUGUGACUCAGAAGGACAGCAAAGAGCCAA